AUAAAAAAAUAUAAAAUAGAUUGGGCCUUUAAAAUUUAAGUGUGUUUUUGCUCUGUUACUGCGAUAAAAUCCAAUGAGAAAGUUACACAGCAACUAACUCCACCAAAUUUGGCAAUAUAAAUCCCCCUCUUUUUAAUCAAAUUUCCUCAUUCUCCCAACUAACAAACACAAACAACCCCCAAAAACCACCCAUAAUAUUCAAAGAAAAAAAAAAUGAAAAACGUUAAUUAUUGUAAUUUCUUGGUUACAUUUUUGCUACUAAUUUUUAGUAGAAAGCAAAAAUUGGUAUAUUGUUACCAUGAUUACCAAGAAGCACUAACAAAAUGUAUAAUUUUCUUUGAGGGUCAAAGGUCGGGUUACCUUCCCCAAGACCAACGGGUCGGGUGGCGGGCUCACUCGGGUCUUGGGGAUGGGUCCGAGAAAGGGCUUGACCUAACCGGCGGGUAUUACGACGCCGGUGAUAAUGUUAAGUUUAACUUUCCAAUGGCAUUCACCACUACAAUGUUAGCAUGGAGUGUGGUGGAAUUUGGGGAGAUAAUGCCUCUUAAUGAGUUGAGGAAUUCCUUGGUUGCUAUCAAGUGGGCCACUGAUUACCUCCUUAAGACCAUUGCUGAGCCUAAUAGGAUCUAUGUUCAGGUGGGUGAUCCUCUUAGUGACCAUGAUUGUUGGGAGAGGCCGGAGGACAUGGACACUAAAAGGACAGUCUAUGUGGUUGAUGCACCAAAUCCGGCUUCCGAUGUAGCCGGAGAGACUGCGGCAGCCUUGGCAGCCGCUUCAAUGGCGUUCCGAUCAGCCGAUCCCGGCUACUCGGAAACGUUGAUUAGAAAUGCUAUCAAGGCAUUUCAAUUUGCUGAUAGUUAUAGAGGAGCUUAUAGUGAUAAUUCAGAUAUAAGAGGUGGUGUUUGCCCCUUUUAUUGCGACUUUGAUGGAUAUCAGGAUGAGCUACUAUGGGGAGCAGCAUGGCUGAGAAGGGCUACUCAAGAUGAUGUAUACCUUAAUUAUGUGGGAAGCAAUGCCCAUACUCUUGGGGCUGAUGACAAUAUUAAUGAAUUUGGAUGGGAUAAUAAACAUGCUGGCCUUAAUGUAUUAGUCUCUAAGGAAGUGCUAGAAGGAAGCUUGUAUACACUCCAACUAUACAAAUCAUCAGCAGAUAGCUUUAUGUGCACUUUAAUUCCAGAAACUUCUUCAUACCACAUUGAGUACACCCCUGGUGGCUUAAUCUACCGGCCAGGAGGCAGCAAUCUCCAACAUGCUACCACACUUUCUUUCCUCUUACUCGUAUACGCGAAAUACCUCGACAAAAACUCGCAAACCGUCAAUUGUGGCUCCGUUAAUGUGGGCCCGGAGACGCUCCGGAAAAUUGCUCAAAGGCAGGUUAACUACAUUUUGGGUGAAAACCCUAUGGGCAUGUCUUACAUGGUAGGAUACAGUCUUAAGUACCCUCAAAAAAUUCAUCAUAGAGGCUCUUCUAUGCCAUCUAUUAAGGCCCACCCUCAGCCCAUUGCAUGCAAAGAGGGGUCCAUUUAUUAUAAUUCAUCUGAGCCCAACCCAAAUGUCCACAUCGGUGCUAUAGUGGGCGGGCCGGGUGAAGAUGACUUGUACGAAGACAAUCGGGCUGAUUUUAGAAAGUCCGAGCCCACUACAUAUAUUAAUGCUCCAUUUGUGGGGGCCCUAGCUUAUUUUGCUGCUAAUCCAAACCCACUUAGUUAAUUAUAUAUUUUGGGAUAUAAUUAGUAUCUUGGGUUUUCAGUUUGUUUGUUACACUUUAAAUUAAAAGCUUUUAAAGUUUUUUUCAAAAUGUGACAAAUAAACUGAAAUGGAGGAAUUAAUUAAUUAAUUUGUAUAUAAUCAUCCAUAUUCAAAAACGUAAAACGGUCUCUCAUCUUGUGUGAAGCUAAGAAGGAAGAGGCUCUCAUACACGUUUUUGCACUUUGUGUGUGUGUGUGUUUUUUUUUUUUUUUUUUUUUUUUUGUAAUUGUAAAGGCUAUGAGGAAAGGAAAUUAUCUCACAAAUCACAAUAAAUCAUUGUGAUUUUGCCUUGUUUAUUUUCUCCAGUAUUAUUAAGG